GAAGACUAGUAUAUAUAAAAAAGAAAUUGAACAAAUGAAAGCUUUACUUGCCGUCUAGAUUAGAGCCCGUUGUCACUCUCCAAUUCCUGUUUCACUCUUCAAAGAACUCUCAAAGGGUCGUCUUCAUUACCCACCGGAUACUAAAAGGGCCCUAAAGUCUCAGACGGCCUUGUCUUUGAGUCAUGCCCUCAAUGUUCACACUUCCUGAAAAAUGAAGCGCAAGAAAUGGUCAGAGCUCGAAGAACUGACCCUUCUCACGAAGUAGUCUGAGCUUCUCAGCUCUGGAGCUCUAGCCAAGCUCAAAGUGUGAGAAAAAAUUCAAGCCCAUAGCUGAGCAUGUUAACUUAGUGCACAACCUUGACGACCCUGUAACCUUCCCUUUCAAAUGGUCCUGGCGUGACGUGUCAAUCAAGGUCCAAAAUAUGCGCCACCAGUACCUGGGAGUCACGCAGAAAAUCCGGGUCUCCAAGGACAAGUUCAACUGGAAGGAUGGUGAAAAUCACUGGGAGAAUUUUUUGAAGUACAAGGAAGUGUUUGGUGAUGUGGAGCUUGAUGGUAAGGGCAAGAGGUCGUGUGAAAAUAACAACUUUGAUGUUAUUGGGGAUUGUGGGGACUUAGGGUUUGGGAUUGAUUUUCAGGAUUUAGAGGAAGAAGAAGAUGAAGAAGAAGAAGAACAUUUGGAAGAAGAAGAAGAUGGUACUGCUGGUGAUGACGAUAAUGGUGGCGAGGAAUUGGGUAAAAGUGAAGUUGGUGAGUUUGGGGGUGAAAGGGAAAUUGGGGACAUGGGAAUGGCCCAAAAAAGGAAAUUGAGUAAGGUUGGAUUGCAUAGGAGGAUGGGGUUGAUGAAUGCUCAGGUGUUGGACUUGCAGAAUAUGGUUAUGAAGAGGGAAGAGGUGAGGAGAGAGAGGGAGUGUAGGAGAGAAAAAGGUGAGGCUGAGAGAGAGGAAAGGAGGAAAGAAGUUAGAGUUUAGGAGAGAGAAGAGGAGGAAUGAGCACAAGGACUUGUUAGAAGAUAGAGAAUUGGAGUUGCAAGAGAGAGAGGUCAUGUAGAUAAGAAGGGAAUUUGAAAAAAGGUUGAGGUUACACGGGGAGCGUCACUGGAGGAUGAGGAUGGAGGAGAGGAGGGAGGAGGAGGAGUUGGAGUGGCGGGAGAGGAUGGUAGGUUUGCAAAUUCAGCAUGAGAGGCAAAUGAUACCAAUGCAUGCUGAGGCAUGCCAGAACCAAAUGCAGAUUCUUGGGGUCAUGGCUAGGUUUGUCUGUCAAUUUUUUGGGUCAAUGAAUGAUGGCCUUGGAGGUGGUUUAGGGACUCUGCCACCUCAAAUUUUGCAGAAUUUGCAGCAUCUAUGCGGACUGGGUGACAAUGGGAAGCCGGAUUCCAGUUCGCCUCCUGAGUUCCUCUAGACUGUAAUUUAAACCCCUUGCUCAUCGUAUAUAUACUUUAAUUUGGAUCUAGUGAAUUUUACGCAGUUGCCUUUUUAUUGUAUUCAAUAUGUUUGUACUAUGAUGAUUGAGAAUGAUAACUUUUCAAAGCUAUGCAGUGACUACUCUCAAGUC